UCCGCUUGCGUAAAUAACUCGCAUAGAUUGACGCACGUGUGUAGCCAGCCUAAAAGUAUUUACGUGUCUGGCGUAACGAUAGGCUUCUGCAAGCUUUAUUUUUAACCGCUCUGACUUAUUUCGUAAAUAAACAGCAUACGCACCAGACAAACCACCACCGCUUGUCGCAUUUUUCCCGAAAGCAACUAAUGCAGCAUUAACCAUUUGAAUGGAUUGAAUGGGGAGAGGAGCUGUGGAGCCACCGCCACCGCCAAGGACGCAUGAUACGUCAAAAAAAUCACCUGUAAGUGACUGACAUAAUGCAAGAUUAAUAAAAAAACCGACCGAAAACCGCCGCCGAGUUAUGGAAGACGAAAUCGACGACAAGAUUAUUUACCAAACGUACGUUUCCCACAUGAAAAUCAUGUCAAAACUAGCAUGGAGUGUGCCGUUGAAAAUUUCCCAUAUAACCUACACCUCGCACAUAUGGAGAAUGCUCAGAUUCUACCUACUAAAACCAGAGAUCCUAAUAUUCGGCGCCGUUAUCCUAUUUAUCCUAAUGUACUUGCAAGCAGUCGAUGUAUGGAGUCGUAAUUUACUAGGGCGGUUGCAGUACACAAUCAACAGGGGCGCGCGAACGAAAGUCGACAAGCUCAACUUCUUCAGCACGGGCGACGUCGAGAAAGCGAGCUGGGAAAUGAAAAUGGGACCGGUGGCCGCAUACGCCAUCCAGGGGCGCAGGCCGAAGAUGGAGGAUCGGUUCGUGAUCAACGAUAACAUCAACAACACCGGCGUAGCGCUGUUUGCGGUCUUCGACGGUCACGGCGGCGAGUUCGCCGCCAACUACGCCAAAGACAAGCUGGUCCCCAAUUUGCUGAACAAGGUGGUCCAAAUCAAGGACUUGGUUUCAGGCAGUAAGGGCUCGGUGAAGCUGCAAAAGCAAUGCAGCGACGAGGACAAAGAGGAGAUAAGCACGGACAAGCCGACGACUCCGCACUUGAACGAACGCAGGAAGAGUUUCAGGAGGACCAGUUCGACGACGGACGAGUGCAUCAAAGGGGCCAAAGAAAUAACGGACACGGACCUGCUCAGCAAAUUGGACAGCAUCAAGCCGAUAGGGCGAGAUUCCCGGCCGCUUAAAGUGACGCCCAGCAUGAAAAAAAUACCGGUCACGUCUUACUUUGACAAGUACGGCAACGUGAACUAUGGUAAACUGCUGACGGACGAAGUCCUGGCCGCUGAUGAACGAUUGAUUGAGGUGGCCAAAAAGACGAUGGAUGUGGCCGGCACUACGGCACUAAUAGCGAUCCUGGAGGGAUCGAAACUGAUCGUGGCGAACGUUGGAGAUUCACGCGGAGUGAUGUGCGAUGGCAAAGGAAACGUGAUACCGCUCUCGUUUGAUCACAAGCCUCAACAGAUGCGGGAGCGGAAGCGCAUCAAGGAAGCGGGAGGUUUCGUCACCUUUAACGGGGUCUGGAGGGUGGCGGGCAUAUUGGCCACCUCCAGGGCCUUGGGUGAUUAUCCUCUGAAAGAUAAAAAGCUGGUUAUAGCUGAUCCGGAUAUUCUGUCAUUCGAUUUGAACGAUCACAAGCCGUCAUUUUUGAUUUUGGCCUCAGACGGUUUGUGGGAUACGUUCUCGAACGAGGAGGCGAUCAGUUUUAUCAAAGAACGACUGCAUGAGCCUGAUUACGGUGCUAAAAGUAUUACGUUACAAUCUUAUUAUCGGGGUUCGUUGGACAAUAUUUCUGUUAUUGUUAUUAAUUUUAAAGACAAGGCGUAUAGUUUUUAUAGGAACGAUGUUAACGUGUAAAUAAUUUAGUUGUUUUCAAAUCAAUGCCAAAAAUGUAUUUAUUGCUAUUUUUAUAUCAAUUCGGAUAAUUGAUGUAUAGGUUUGCUCAAUCUGUUGAUGUUUGUACCUGCGCCUGAGCAGUAUUUGCGAUACAAAAGUAAUUGUUAUGUUUUUUGCAUUUGUUUUUAUGAAGUGUGAUCGUAAUUCACAUAAAAAUUAAUAAAAAAAUAUAAUUUUCUCUAAGAAAGUAGCAUAAAUAGGAAAAACAAUAAAAAAAAUGUAAAAUCAGUUGUGAUCACACUUUGUGCCAAUGACUACUAGUAUGUUUUCAAAUGUGAUUUUAUUAUAUAAGGCUGUAUGGUUUGUUAUUUGCUGUGAACGAAAUAAAUUUGUAAACCCACA